UAAGGUUCGCUUAGAAUAUUAGACUUUUCGCAUGUUUUCAAUGGGCGACUCUAUAUCGUCACUCUGUUUAGUAUAUGACCUCGAUGCCUAAAUGUAAACAGAAAUUUCCUGAGGCCAAGUGCGACAAUACCGUCAUGGAUAAAGCACGAAAACGUAUCCAUGAAGUGUCUUAAGUAUGAGAAAAUCUCCAUGUUUUUGUUUUCCAAUGUCUCGGAAAAAGAGCUCAGAAAACAAUUCAGGAUCCCUCUCAGAAAAAAAAGUUCAGAGACAAUCAUUACAUGCCAAUGGAGUAAGCACGAAACAGAAGGUACUCUCAAGAUGUCGAAACUCAUUGCAUAUACGAGAACACAAGAAGGGACCAGUUACAAUUCAAAGUUGUUGGGAUGAAUUCUAUGCUACAGUUCGUCCUCUUAUCGAAGCGCUGAAACAAAAUAAGAAAUUCAGUAUCGAAUCCACUAUAGAAACAAGUAAUGACGUACUGAACCAAUGCAUACGCCUUUGUUCAUCAAAGGCUGAUGUGGAUCAACUCCUUCAAUUAAUGCUGCAUGAUAUCCGAGUAGACGUGAUAGCAGUUCAGAGUUAUUUGCAUGAUGAAACCAAUAAUUUUUCAUUAUCUAGUUUGCUACAGCGUUGGACGUUGUUUUACACACACGUAUUACCAUAUUUGGAAAGUCUUUUUGUGCCGGUUUCGGAACUCAUGCAGUUGGAUAAUACUGCUGGUUCUUCAAUGGCCCGCCUGUCGGUUGACCAAACAAUCUCAUUAAAAAAUGUGCAUAUGAUGCUCCUUGUCUGUUUUCGAAACUACAUUUUUGUUCCCCAACUGUUACAAUUCGAUGCUUCUGUGUUUAUUUCCGCGACUUCUUCUGAAGCACUAGAGGUUUAUCAAAUGCUAAACAUACUACGCCUUCUGCACACGAACGAUAAAUACCAGAAAGUCAUUGAACGGAUGCUGCUUUCAGUUUCGGUUAGAAGAUUCUAAAAAAAAAAGAACAGAAGUGGUGAUCAUUUCUCGGAUAUUGUCCAGUUUAGCUUGUAAAAUUUUUCGUUUCUGUUCGUUUCUGUCUCGUUUUAAUACUACAUCCUUUUUAACCUUUUAGCAGAAGCCGAAAACUCUGGUGAAACAAGUUCAGUCUGUCAACAUUCUAAUCUAAAAUGCUAUACUCAUUUUAGAAGAGCAUAAACAAACAAAUUUAGUAAGUGAAGCGCGUUUGUAAUUAAUUUUCCCUUCAUUUGAAUAUAACAGCCAUAAAGCUGUCUCUUUCAACAGAUAUGCAUUGUGUAGUAUCAUGAGUUUGAUGAAUAAUAUGCGUAGAUAAAGUAGGG